AUGGGCCUUUCCAGAUUCCGAUCUGCCUUCCGGCGGUCAUCGACCCAGGAGUCUGUCACUCAAGUCGCUGUGGCCACUGACGAAAAAAAGAGCGAACUGCCCACCGAGCCUGUUGCUGUAGCCAAUGCGGAAAACCCUGAAGUUCCCACUGAAGAUGCACAGCAGGGUGUCAAAGAUGUCGAGGCUAUGACUUUGAGCUGGACGAAGACCAUGCUAAUUGCGGUCUUUGUAAACAUCUGGUUCUUGUACUUCGUCAAUGCCAUGCAAUCCACCAUUAACUACAGUUUGCUCGGUUAUGUCACUAGUGACUUCGAGAGCCACUCCCUGCUGAACGUCAUCUACAUUGUCGCAGACGCCAUGACGGCCGCAGUGUACAUCCCCACGGCCAAGGUUAUGGACGUUUGGGGCCGCGCAGAAGGUUUCCUGGCCAUGACCGUUUUUGCUACUCUCGGUCUGGUCCUUAUGGCUGUGUGCCACAACCUUCCCACCUUCUGCGCUGCCUAUGUCUUCUACAGCAUUGGAUUCGGAGGUAUGACAUACUGCGUAGAUGUUAUCACCGCCGACAUUUCCAAGCUCAAGAAUCGAGGUUUGGCCUACGCUUUCACCUCCUCGCCAUACAUCAUCACAGCGUUCGCUGGCCCCAAGGCUGCUGAGGGCUUCUACAAAGAUAUCAGCUGGCGGUGGGCCUUUGGCGCAUUCUCCAUCAUCUUCCCCAUUGUUGCCUCCCCUCUUUACUUCAUCUUGAAGAGCAACCUUAAGAAGGCCCAUCAGAACGGCCUUGCAGUCAAGGCGCGUAGCGGCCGGUCCUUCCUUCAAAGCAUCUGGUUCUAUACCAAGGAGUUCGAUUUGUUUGGUGUUUUUGUGUUCUCUAUUGGCCUUACAAUCUUCCUCCUUCCAUUCAGCAUUUCGACUUACGCUCCUAACGGCUGGGCAUCAGGCUACAUCAUUGCCAUGAUUGUGCUCGGAUUUGUUAUGCUUGCCGUCUUCCUCGUUUGGGAGUUCCGCUUUGCGCCCACACCAAUGUUCAACUUCAGUCUGUUGACUGAUCGAACUAUCAUCGGUGCAUGCUUGCUCGACGCAACAUACCAGCUCUCUUACUACUGCUGGAACAACUACUAUACAUCCUUUUUGCAGGUAGUCAACGACCUCAGCAUCUCUGAGGCCGGGUACGUUAGCAACACUUUCGACGUGGUCUCCGGCUUCCUUUUGCUCGGAGUCGGUUUCGUCAUUCGCAGAACCGGCCGUUUCAAGUGGACUCUCUACAUUGCUGUCCCGCUGUACAUCUUUGCUCAGGGAUUGAUGAUUCACUUCCGCCGUCCCAAUCAAUCUGUUGGAUAUCUUGUCAUGUGUCAGAUUUUCAUCUCUAUUGGUGGAUCUGUCUUCAUCAUUGUUGAGCAGCUUGCUAUCUUGGCUGCUGCCGAUCACCAGCACGUCGCAACUGUCCUUGCUCUGCUGAACGUCGUGGGUACUGUCGGUAAUGCUGCCGGCUCUACUAUUUGCGCCGCGAUCUGGACCAACACAUUCUACAAAGCCCUUGAGAUGAGGCUUCCACAGUCUGCGAUGGGGGACAUCGAUGCGAUUUACGAGGGUCUUGACAAGCAGCUGGAAUAUCCGGUCGGGUCCACGGCGAGACUGGCUAUUCAGGAAGCGUACGCCUAUUCUCAGACAAGAAUGCUUGCUGUCGGCACUGGUCUCAUGGGUCUGUGCAUCUUCUGGACCCUCAUGAUCCGGGAUAUCAACCUGAAGAAGGUUGCUCAGGUCAAAGGUACCGUCUUCUAA